GUUUUACUAAUAAUCAGCCGAGCAGAAAGUCCCACAGUCUCUCUGACAGCGAGCAGACGAGGAAACGGAGCGCUGCGAGACGGACGCGCUUCAGAGAGAGAGACGCGUACACCAGCGCGUUGGAUUCAUCGCACGAUCUUCUCCGUCGCUUUACUGUAACAUGACGCGUGUGUAACAGAUGAGCGUCGACGCUGUUUUAUGAUUCAUCUUUGACUCACUGGAUUGUUUCAUGGAUUCGGAUCUGAGCUGAUCGAUCACCAGCCGCGGGUUUUCCUCAGUUUAAUUCUGAGGAUUUCUGAAUGCUAAAGACCCUUCAGAAUUUGAACAGUUCUUUUAUUUUUAUUUUUUACUCCUUUCUGGACUAAGUGCAUGGGUGAAACCUUAAUCUCCGGUAGUUUCUAACCAGAUUAUGUCUUGUGAGGAAUCUGUCUUGCUGUGUCAAUGACGGGGAAGAUGGAAACGCCCUUCUAUCAUGAUGAGAGCGUUCCAAACUUUGGGCAAAUUCCAGACUAUGAUCGAUACCAAGGCCACAAGAUGAUGAGCAAAAAGAACAUGGCGCACAAUUUCUCCAGCAGCAUGGGAAAUAACUUGGGCCUCAAACUGUUGCAGGGACAAACCGCGAGCAAUAUCAACCCAAACGGCCUCGGUAUGAGCACCAAUCCCAUGUCUUCACCAGACAUGAACCUCCUGAAGCUGUCGUCCCCGGAUCUGGAACACCUGAUUAUCCAGUCCAACCAGGGACUGGUUACUACAAGCCCGGCUCCAAACGCGUCUGCUAAUCCUUUCAUGUACAGAAACCAGGCCACAAACGAACAGGAAGGGUUUGCCGACGGCUUUGUCAAAGCUCUGGCCGAUCUACACAAACAGAACCAACUGGUCGGAGCGCCAAUGUCCCCUAGUUCAUCCAUCCAGGGAUCGUACCAGAGGAACCUGAUGUCUAGUGGCGAAAUGCCCAUUUAUACCAACUUGAGCAGCUACAACCCCAAUCAGUUAUCCUCUGCGUACGCCAGCGGGCAGAUCGCCUACACCUCUGCGGCCCACGCCUCUGCUCACGGGAGUCAGGGUCACCACCCUCAAGGGCGAGGUCUAGAUGCUCCUCAAACAGUGCCCGAGGUCCCUCACCCUCCCGGAGGAGACCCUGCCAGCUCCCCCCCUUCACUGUCGCCCAUCGAUCUGGAGACACAGGAGAGAAUCAAGGCGGAGCGAAAGAAGUUGCGAAAUCGGAUCGCCGCCUCCAAGUGCCGCAAGAGGAAGCUGGAGCGGAUCUCGCGACUGGAAGAGAAAGUGAAGGUGCUGAAGACGCAGAACUCGGACCUGGCCUCCACCGCCAGCAUCCUGCGCGAGCAGGUGGCCCAACUCAAACAGAAAGUGAUGAAUCACGUCACAAACGGCUGCCAGAUCGCUGUCAGCUCGACCGGUAUGGCCAAAAGUGGGGAGAGUACCAGCUGCUGAAACGACAUCACAUACUAAAGUGUUUUAUGACUCUAUUCUGUCUUUAUCUUCUGCCCGCUCUCUCACACUCGCUCUCCGUCUCGCUCAACCCUGAUAAAAUGACACGUACAGCAGCAGAGACGGGGUGAGACCCAUCCUGCCUUGUCAAUGGCACGCAUGGGAGAGACUCUUUCAAUCAGAUAUUUGGGAAUUCUUUAGGAAUGUUCUUCUUGAAAAACCUGCACAUACACUCAAAGAACAGAGUCUGUUCUGGAACGUUCUUGGGAUUUGAAGUUGUUCUGGUCCGUGGAUGCCUGAGGAAAAGGCCAAAGCAACAGGGAUGCUAACGAUGCACUGCAUUUGGGGUAAUAUAAGGGAACAAAUAUGGAUUUGUUUUUGGACACAAACUCAUGGUAAAUUCCUGCACUUGAAUUAUAUUUCUUUCCCUCUCGUCUAGAGGAAGACUCAUCGACUCCGCUUGUAACUAAAUAUGUGAUUUUCCACUUCAAGGAGCAACACAGCCUUGUUUUGCUCCAAGGAUUUUUUUUUCCCUUUAUGAUCAGCAUCUCAUUCAGCUGCUGGAGAACUUUAUAUUUUCGGUGUUUAAUGACAAGCACUAUUAUGUGAACAUUUCCAAAGGACCUGAAAAGGUCAUAAGGACGUAAAGAAAACCGGUUUGGAAUUGUUGCCCUCGUUGAAUCUGUGUUUGAAGUUGUCUGAAAAUGAAGCGAUAUUAAAACCCUUUAUGCUGGUUUGAUAAGUCACCUCUAUUCUGAUGUUUUGAUUCCAGUGGAAAUCUCUUGGUUUAAUAUGUCACUUUGUCUCAAUAACAAUUUUACAGCUUUUUGUUUGUUUGUUUGUUGGUUGGUUGGUUGGUUGGUUUGAUAUUGUGCAAUUUGUGAUUACAAGAGAAAAAUGUUUUAUACCAACCAAGACUUUUUAAGAAGUAUUACUGUUGAGACUUUGAAUACUACAGGUGAGCAGACAUCGACAAACAGAGCGUGGAUUGAGGUAAUGUGAAUCUUUUAAUGGUACCUCUUGCCAUUUUUGAGUUUGGAAGUUCUUGACCAUUCCGAGACCUUUUGCAUUGUAAUCUCCCACCGGAGAUGCAUUGUAAUAAUGGGUUAACAGUGUGUUUUUGCCACGAUCUAAUGAGUAUUAAUGCUGUGUUAACCUGUAGUAACGGUGUGGUAAGGCGACUCUCUCGACUGCAUUUUAUGUGUUGUUAAAGAUUCAACACAAGUGAGUCAAAACUGACCUGAAAUCAGAGCAACUAGAAAAGGGCUUUUGAUCAAUAGUAUUUUUUUUUUCUUUAUUCUUUUGUAUGAAUAAUGAAGCAAUUUUAUUUAUGCAGAAUUUGUAUUUAUGUUUUCUGUGGAGAGGAGCAAAUCGAGCGAUACAGGUCGGAAUACUAGUGUCUUGUUGACACAUUUCUUUUUAGGAAAUACAUAAUUGCACAUAAAUGAAAAAAACAAACAAACAUUAAAUGAUCUCUAAUAUUUAUCUUCUGUGUACAGCAUGACAGUUUUAGCUAUAAUUACAUCUGAAAAUAAAUGAAUGAAAUUCAAGAUUUUUGGUAAUGGCACUCAGCAGAAAUCACGACAAGAUUAAAAUCAUACUUGAUUUAGUCACAAAACUCACUUUACAUUUCAGUGAUUUAAAGCUCCUGUAAGAAACCAGUGUUGUACACAGAAUUGCUGUUGAAUGCCUUUCUUAUAAUUCAUGGACAUACAUAUAUAUAUAUAUAUAUAUAUAUAUGUAAAUAUAAUCAAUUGGAUUGAAUUCAUAGGGAUGCCUGACACAGGCAUUAAAAUUGUCAAAUAACUUUGUGCAUCGAGAAAAUAUUUAUUUUUUUGAAACUUGAAAAAGGUUUUUGAUGUCACAAACGUAUUGUAUUUUUGUACAAACUUGUUUUUGAAAGUUUCAUUUAGAAAUAGAGUGUGUAAAAUACCUACUGUAUGUGCUUCAUAUGCUUUUUAUCAUUCUGAAUACUUUAUUUAUUGAAGUGGUAUUAUUGAGCAGUGUGCCGCUCUGAGCAUUUGUGUGUCGCUGGUGAAGUGUGAGUCGAGUCACGUUUGCUUGUGUUCUCACACACACACAUACUGUAGGUACAAUGUUCUUCACCACUGACAUCAAAUGUUCUGUACAGUCGCUGCGGCCUGAUGGGAUACGUGUUGUACGGAGCAGCAGCUGAUCACUGUUGUGUUUGUGUUGUUUUAUGGGCUGUGUAUUGAUUUAACUCUAAAGACUGAUUGUGUGCUUUUCAAAAGUAUAAAGUGUAACAAUGUUCAUUUUAAAACAAAGAAAAUUUUGACAGACUACAAGUACAAAGUCUUUUUUAUCUUUACCAUGUGUCAUAUAUAUAUAUAUAUAUAUAUACUGGAGCUCUGAACAACAAAUAUAAUUUGAUAUUCUACGAAUCCGUUUACUGUGUUUACAUAGUGUGUGCAGAAGGGCAACGGCAGAUGAUCAGACUCGUAAAACAAGUUCUCAGUCGCGCCUUUGAUCUCCAAUCAAACUUGCUUUCAUUACUGCAGAACUGAAGAGUUUUAAAAGAUUCAUUCAAAUGAAAAAGUAUUUUAAGUCCAAGAUAAAUAUGAAUAUGUUACAGAAGAACAGCACAUAUUGAUGUAGAACAGAUUUUAAUGGAUGGUUUCUCUGAAGAAUGAAAGAGUUGAGUGACAUGCGGUCAAACAGUAUGACGGAUCACGUGACAAACGGGCGACUUGCUUUGUUGCAUUAUUAGUUGGUUUAUUUGCUUCUAAAUAAUCUGCACUCUUCAAAUGUUGUUCAUUGUUCCGUUGUUUUCUUUUUAUCAACAAUAAAAGAAGUAGUU